GAGGCGGUGAGGCCGGCUGCGGGGGACCUGUGCACCAUCAUGUACACCUCAGGCACCACGGGCGACCCCAAGGGCGUUAUGCUGCCCCACCGCGCCCUGGUGUCCACCAUAGCCGCCAUCAAGGCCUUCCUGGACCACUGCGACGAACACAUAGGGCCCGACGACUCCUACCUCUCAUACCUGCCGCUGGCACACAUAUUCGACCGUGUUGUUGAGGAGCUGAUGCUGCACGUGGGCGGCAGUGUGGGCUACUGGCAGGGCGACAUCCGCCGACUGAUGGACGACGUGGGCGCGCUGCGGCCCAGCCUGUUCGCGGGGGUGCCGCGCGUGUUCGAGCGCAUCUACAACGGAGUGAGGGACAAGGUAUCCAGCGGCAGCCUGCUUGCCCGGCUGCUGUUCCGCUGGGCCUUCAGUCGCAAGGAGCACUACAUGCGGGCGGGCUGGAAGCAGGACGUGGCCUCCCCCCUGAGCGACCUGCUGGUGCUGCGCUCCAUCCGUCAGCGGCUGGGCGGGCGGGUGCGGGUGCUGGUGAGCGGCAGUGCGCCCCUGGCGCCGCAGAUUGAGGGAUUCAUGCGCGUGGUGGCGUGCGCGCCCUUCGUACAGGGUUACGGCCUCACCGAGACCUGCGCCGCCUCCUUCAUCGCAACCCCCGACAACCCCACACACCUGGGCACCGUGGGCGCCCCCAUGCCCGCCACCGAGCUGCGGCUGGAGGCGGUUCCGGAGCUGGGCUACAGUCCCUCCCAGCAGCCGCCGCGGGGGGAGGUGUGCAUCCGGGGGCCCACGCUGUUCAGCGGCUACUACAAGAACGAGGAGAUGACGGCGGAGGCGCUGGACGCUGACGGUUUCUUCCACACGGGCGAUGUGGGCGAGCUGGCGGCUGACGGCAGCCUGCGCAUCAUCGACCGCAAGAAGAACAUCUUCAAACUGAGCCAGGGCGAGUACAUAGCGGUGGAGAAGGUGGAGAACGUGUACAAGACGUGCCCGCUGGUGGAACAGGUGUGGGUGUACGGCGACUCCACGGAGUCCUGUCUGGUGGCGGUGGUGGUGCCGGCGGAGAAGGCGCUGCGGGCAUGGGCGGCGGAGGCGGGGGUGGCGGCGGGGGGAGGCGCCGCACCACCCGCAGCAGGGGCGGAGUCAGGCGCGGGGGCUGCGGGGGCUGCCGGCGAGGCAGCUAAGGGUGCGAGUGCGGGUAACACGGGUGCUGCUGGCGAGGACUUGUCCUCGCUGUGCGCCUCCCCCGCGGCCACCUCCGCUGUGCUGGCGGCCAUGGUGUCCGUGGGGCGGGCAGAGGGGCUGAAUAGCCUGGAGCAGGUCAAGGCGGUGACGCUGGUGCCGGAGCAGUUCACGGUGGAAAACGAGCUGCUGACGCCCUCUUACAAGCUCAAGCGCGCCCCGCUGCUGCGCCGCUACCGCCCCCUCAUCACGGCCAUGUACGACAAGCUGGCGGCGGAGGCGGAGGCGGCGGCCAGGAAGAAGGCGGGGGGGUCGGGGGCAGCGGGGGCGCGGGGGGGCACUCGGGAGUGAGGCAGGCGGGGGAGACGAGCUGGUGGCGGCACCGUGAGAAGGCGUGUGAGAGAGAGAGGUGUGCAUGGUGCAUGUAGGGAGGUGAGGGGUCGUGAGGGGUUAUGGCCGUGAGGGGGCUGAGGAGCCAGGUAGGGCGGUGCGGCCACCUGCGUGGUGUGGUAGAAGGGGGAGAGGAGAUUGGGAGAAGUAGGGACCAGGAGAGGAGCAAGGAGCCCUACGACGGUGCGGCAUGGGACUGCAUUAGGAGGGCAGUGGGAGUUGGGAGGGACGGCCGGGUCUGUUGUUUAUGCGGCAACUGGGCUAGUCGCGUAACUGGACUAGCCAGAGCUGUCGACCGAGGAUAGUAGAUGCACUGGAGGCUGUCCUAUCGGGGUAACCGGUGACGACGGGAACGAGGUGUGCGUGUGAAUGUGUAUAGCCGUUGGAGGUGUGCGGUGUGGUUAGUUGAGAUGGGGACGCAGGCGGUAGGAGGUCUCACGCGGAGGAUCCAGCGGAUUGGGGUUUGCAGCUGCUUGAAAGAUGUUGUGGCUGGCGGAUUGUGUUGUUGUUGCUGAUGAAAUGUGUUUUGUGGUUCGGUGCAGCUACCGUUGUGCUACCUGCCCAGUGCCAUGAAAUGCAGACCACCCGUGGCUCAUGGACUCGCCCCGCACUGUGAGCAGGGCUGAGGCAGUGUGGGUGGGUUGUAGGCUGGCGGGUUCAGGUGAGGGGGGCUGUUGUCUAGCGGGAGCAGAGACAGCUCGCGCACCCCCGGGCCUCCCUGGGCCGUUGUUGUCCGGCCAUGGAUGUAAUCCGAUGGGUCCAUGUCAAGGUGACAGACCACCCGGCAAUGAAGAAUCCGCCACACCUGCCACGAGGCGUGGUGUGCUGCCC